CAACUUCAGCAGUCGAUUAGAGUAAAAAUCAUGAUUCAUGACAAGAAUAAUUUGAAGAAAGAUGAGAAAAACGAAGCGAGCCAUCUGCUUUCUGAGAAACAGAUGGCCGAUAAAAAUAAGCUUGGAGAGUUCUAUACGAGGCCCGCAAAGCUGGGCAAAUGGGAAGGAUUCAAACAGUUCCUGUGGAAUAGUGAGACUAGCGAGUGUCUUGGUCGUACUGGAGGCAGUUGGGCAAAAAUUCUUUUUUUCUACGUAAUAUUUUAUACUGCCCUUGCCGGAUUCUUUGCCGCGAUGUUGUUGGUGUUCUAUCAAACUUUGGAUGAGAACAAACCUAAGUGGCAACUCGAAGAUGGUCUCAUAGGAUCAAAUCCAGGUUUAGGUUUCCGACCAAUGCCACCAGAUUCGAAUGUAGAGAGUACCCUUGUGUGGUUUGAGUCAGAUAACCCAGAUAAUACAGCUUACUGGAUUGGUGCUUUAAACGAAUUUUUAUCAACUUACACAACAGAACCUAAAGAUCCCGAAUUGGCAAAAGACUUCAAAGCACGACGUGAAGAUUGUACAGGAAAAGAGCAUCCAACUCCCGGAAAUGUGUGUAAGGUUGAUUUAUCAAAGUUUGGUCCGUGUGUCAAUGAGAAUGCUUUUGGUUACUCAAAAAAAGCACCAUGCGUGUUCUUGAAACUUAAUAAGAUCUUCAAUUGGAUGCCAUUAUUCUAUAACAAAUCAAGUCAACUACCAGAUCUAAUGCCAGCUGACUUACAAGAUAAAAUCAGAAAUGAAAAUUUGGAUGAAGUUAAGCGUAAAAUGAUUUGGAUCUCGUGCGAAGGAGAAAAUCCUGCUGAUAUUGAGAACUUGGGACCUAUAAGUUACCUUCCAGCACAAGGAUUCCCAGCUCACUUUUAUCCAUUCACCAAUGAUAAAGCUUACAUGCCACCAAUUCUUGCCAUUCAUUUUGAGCGUCCAAAAACUGGCGUUUUGAUCAACAUUGAGUGUAAAGCUUGGGCACGAAAUAUUCAUCAUGAUCGUCAAGAACGAAGAGGUUCCGUUCAUUUCGAAUUGAUGGUUGACUAAUUUAAACAACAACGAGUUUACAAGCGUAGCGAGCGCCAGGAUCGAUAUCUAAAUUCGAUCAGGGGGGGAGGGCAAUAAAUAAUUGAAUUGAAUUGAUUGAAAGUAAAUAAUGAAUGAAAGCCACUUUUUAAUUUCUUAAUUUAGAUGAAAUGAUGCUAAUUAAUUAAUAGUAACAAUGAGUACUUUAGAGGAUACAAAAGAAGAUAAAAAAAAAAUCAGUCAAAGCAAAAACCAUGCGCAUUAAUUGAUAAGAAUAAGAAUGCAAACCACACACUAUUGAAUGUUAAUCGAUCAAAGCGUUAUAUUUUCCAACACUUGAUGGCUAUCUUUUUUUUAAAUGUCCAUCAAGCGAUGCAGAGAACUAAACAAUAGGCUAAUCUAAUUAGUCACAUCGUUGUCUAAAGCAGAUUCUCUUAGUUAAGCGGUGCAUUAUUGAAUGCGAUAAAUAAUAAUAAAAAAGAUUAAUGAUAAAAAAAUUUAAUUAAAAACAGUUUGCAUAACAGCAGCAGAAUUUAAAUCUUAAGAUUCGGAUGCAAGGAAAAAGUAUUUUUGUCGAUAUUUGUUGUUGAUGUUUGAUCACACAUAAGUGGAAAUGAAUGAAUUCCCAUCUGUUUAUUACUAAGUUCAAAUUCCUGGAAUGAGAAUGCAAAAUACAAUUUGGCCAUAUCUCCAGUCUUUAUUUUUAAUAUAGCACAGCGGUUAAUUAAUUAAGUAGUUAAUUAUAAAAGGACAGAAGAAAAAAAACGUUCAACAUUAAAUAAAUAAUGAAACUCUGUAACUUUCUCCCCGGCUUAUAGCGAACAAAAUCAAUAAAGUUUCAAUUAAAAAACACAACAAUAUUAAAA